AUGGAUAUGGAUUCUGUUCGAACCUGGUUGCUAACAAAUUUUUAUAAGAUGAAAAUGAGUUAUAUAUGUCCCCUACCUUUAUUGUGAACCGGCUGGAACAUUUCUGAAUACUGUACUAAUGAAUGAUACCGACAGCAUGGAGAAGAAAGACUCUUUUGACAGCUGUAAGAGCCUGGUUUUCAACGCCGCCCGAGAAGGAAAAUUGAGCCGAUUGAAGGUAUUCCUUGACCAGAGACCGAAGGAGGAAGUGAAAUGUCUAGUUUCUGCUGUUACAAACGGAACAACGCCGCUGCUGAUGGCAUGCAGACAUGGCCAUCACGAAAUUGUAAGGUAUUUUGUCGAAGAUUGUGUCGUGGAUAUCGAACAGGUUGGUUCCGUGACGUUCGAUGGCGAGACUAUCGAUGGCGCACCUCCAUUAUGGUGUGCCGCCGCCGCUGGCCAUCUCGUUAUCGUUCAGAAUUUAAUUCGUCACGGUGCCCAAGUGAAUCACACCACCUUCACUAGUUCUACGCCUCUGCGUGCUGCAUGUUUCGAUGGUCAUUUUGAUAUUGUUAAAUACCUUGUUGAACACAAAGCCGACAUUGAAUUAGCUAAUCGUCACGGACACACAUGCCUGAUGAUUGCGUGCUACAAAGGUCAUCUCCAGAUAGCAAGAUAUCUGUUGCAGCUUGGCGCUCAUGUGAAUAGGAAAAGUGUCAAGGGUAACACCGCACUCCAUGACUGUGCCGAAUCUGGUAGCUUAGAAAUUAUGAAGUUAUUGUUGAAGCACAAGGCUAAAAUGGACGUAGAUGCCUAUGGUAUGACCCCUUUAAUGGCUGCAUCAGUAGCCGGCCACACAACUAUAGUACAGUACUUGGUGUCCAGACCAGAUUGCUCUAAACAAGAGCGUAUUGAUGCUUAUGAGCUCCUUGGAGCCACCUUCGUUGACAAAAAACGCGAUAUGAUGGGCGCGUUGAAAUUCUGGAACCUAGCUAUGGAUGAUCGAUACAGAGACAAAACAAAUAUUAUCGGUAAGCCUGAACAGAAUAGUAUAGUGCCUGCGUAUGAAUUUACCAUGGAAGCCAGAACAAAAGAUGAUCUUGAUGAUGUUAUAUGUGACCCUGAUAAAAUGAGAAUGCAAGCAUUAUUGAUCAGAGAACGAAUUCUCGGCCCAGCACAUCCAGACACUUCUUAUUACAUUCGUUAUCGUGGUGCUGUUUACGCUGAUGCCGGAAACUUUGAACGCUGCAUUAUGCUGUGGAUGUAUGCUUUGGACAUGCAACAGAAAGCGCUAGAGGCUUUAAACCCUAUGACCCAGAGCAGUUUGCUCUCAUUUGCGGAACUUUUUGCUUACAUGCAAGCAGAAAGAAACGGAGAGAAAGUCAGUAACUUUUUAAUGAGUGAUGAUGUAAUAGCGGUGUUUAUUAAAGGGGCGAGCGAGAUCGAAAGGGGAGUGCAGCAGCUGCAAAUAGCCCCUCUUAAUGAAAAGGACACUACAAAUUUUAAUCGGGCACUACUCAUAUUUAUGCAUCUUAUCUGCUUAGUUGCUAAGCUUAAGAACCUACACAAAGAAAUCAACAUCAAGAAAAGUUUGUAUCGUCUGUUGAGACUCUCUCCCCGUGGUGCUAAAGGGUUUACACUUCUUCAUUUGGCUUGUGAUAAGGACACAUCAUCUGUUGGACGCUAUCCAGUAUGUUCUUUCCCAAGUCUUGAAGUUGUGCAUCUGUUAGUGGAGUGCGGUGCAUCUGUGAACGCUGUCAAUGGCGAUUCAAAUACUCCAUUACAUGUGGCUGCACUUAAUUCCAGCAAUAGUACAGACACUAUAAUUAAAUAUCUCAUUGAAAAUGGUGCCCAUUUUGAUGGAUGCAAUGCUGCUAAAAAAAAUGCAAUGGACCUGAUUCAAGGUACCAGUGACAUUCCCUGGAUGAAUUACAUAACGUUGCAAUGUCUCGCCGCUAAGGCCGUGUUGAAAUAUGGAAUUGUGUACAAAGGUCAUAUACCUAAAAAACUUGAAACAUUUGUGGAGUUGCACUGAGCAGUCCAGAAUACGGAUUUACGUAGACAGACACUUAAUGUCUUGCUGUAGCAUGAUUACAUCGCCCCAGAUUAUUUAAUUUUAUAGUAUAUGAUUCGUAUAAUAUAGUAACAAGGGAAAACUUUCAAGUACCAGUCAACACAAAUUGAAAAAACAGAACAAUUAAUAUUUAUUACAGAACACUGCAUACAA